GGACCAAACAAACCAAAGCCCAUCAUCAUCCAAAACAAAAAAUGUCACUAAUCCACACACUAAUAACCUCACCAGCAGCACCACCAUUUUCCCCUGCCACAACAAGAACCCUAACCAAUUCUUUCAAAUCAUUUUUCAACAAAAACCCAUCAAUAUUUCAUCAUCAAAAACCUUCCUUUGCAUCUCAUUCCAGUUUAACUGACUACCCAGAUGCCGAAACAGAGAGUCGAACGAAUUACGCCGGUGUUCGGCUCGAAGAAAGCGUUGAAGAAGGCAAAAAGAUGAGGUUGGAUAGCUGGAUAUCUAAUAGGAUAAGUGGGAUUAGUAGAGCUAGAGUUCAGUCAAGUAUUAAGUCAGGACUUGUUUCUGUUAAUCAUCAUGUUGUUGUUAAGGCCUCCCACAUGUUAAGACAUGGCGAUAAGGUUGAAUGCACAAUAUCAGAGUUGCAACCCUUAAAAGCUGAAGGAGAGGAUAUAGCUUUAGAUAUUAUUUAUGAAGAUGAACACAUAUUGGUUGUUAACAAGCCUGCACACAUGGUUGUUCAUCCAGCACCAGGAAAUGCUACUGGGACACUAGUAAAUGCCAUUCUUCAUCAUUGCAGUCUCCCGAUCCCUUCGUUUCAAGAUUCCCUCUUAAAUCCUGACGAUUUGUCUGACAAUGAGCUGGACGAAAUCUCUACAGAUCAGACUUGCUCAGAUCCCAGUUUUGGUACUAAUGAAGCAUCAAUUCGUCCUGGGAUAGUGCAUAGGUUAGAUAAAGGCACCAGUGGAUUACUUGUUGUUGCAAAGGAUGAGCAUUCACACGCCCAUUUAUCUCAACAAUUCAAGCAACACACCAUCCAGAGGAUAUACGUGAGUCUCACUUGUGGAGUUCCAUCACCAGUUGCGGGACGUGUUGAUAUUCCAAUUGGUCGUGAUUUGACAAAUCGUAUUCGUAUGACUGCUGAUACGGGUCCCACCAAAUGUGGAAAGUCUCGCCAUGCUGCUAGUAGGUACAGAGUAGUUGAGAUACUUGCUGGUGGUGGAUGUGCAUUGGUCGAGUGGAGGUUAGAGACGGGGCGCACCCACCAGAUUCGAGCACAUGCAAAGUACCUGGGUUUUCCUUUAAUGGGAGAUGAGGUGUAUGGAGGUUCUAAGAACAUGGCCAUGUCACGACUGCAGCUCAACAACCCAUCAAGCAUACAUGGUCAGCUUUCACAGCUUAUUGGUAAACUUGAGAGACCUUGUCUCCAUGCUUUGACUCUUGGAUUUAUUCAUCCAUGCACCGGAGAAAAAAUAAAAUUUUCAUGCUUGCCCCCGAUAGAUUUUGCUGAAGUUUUGACAGGACUUCGUAAUAUAAGCACAGAGAAGGUUAAAGGGAGCUGAACAAGUUUUGAUCAUACAUUUUUGACAUAUGAAGACCUACAUGCAGCUCUAGGUACUAUUUCUUACAAAUGGAAUCUGAAUAGUUAUGUUCAAGAGGGGAAGUAAAUUACCGAUAUGCUCAUUGCAUCAAGUUAGCGCGUAGAAGUUUAGAGGUAUUAGUGGCAGGCUGCCUAGCUUGUUUGAAUAUCAAAUCCCCAUCUCCCCUUUCUCAAAUUUAAUUACUUUGACCCUAAAUAAACAGAAAGUUAGAAAUUACCUAGAAUCAUAACCACUUUUACCCAACCACUCAACUAUUUAUUUUAGUAACAGAGAGUAUGAUGGUGUAUUUGUUGUAAAUGUGUAUGAUCAAUCAAUAUCGUAUAAGGACAUAAUCUGUAUCUAUAUUUUCCUUUGACUGUACAUUGUGAUGUAAAGCCAGUGAUUGGUGUGGUUUAAACUUUAAAGGCACCAAUUAAGCCGUUUGUUUUGUUACUUAUUA